AUGCCUGGCCCCUUGCCUGAAAGCGAGGCACAGCCUCGAUACAGCUUCGGCGAUGACUACAGCGAAGGUGCAUGUCCUCAACUUCUCGAGGCUCUCCUACGAACCAAUUCAACACAACAAGUAUCCUACGGAAACGACGAGUACAGCAACGAAGCCCGCAGAUUGAUCCGAGAAAAGCUAUCCGCCACCGAGGAUGAGGUGUCCAUCUACUUCGUGCCCACGGGCACAUCUGCUAAUCUCAUCUGCAUCGCGAGCUGUCUACGACCCUACGAAGCGGUCUUAACGGUCGACUCAGGCCAUAUUGCCAGCAAAGAAGCGGGCGCCAUCGAAGCUACCGGACACAAGAUGAUCAUUGUCCCCGGGGUCAGAGGUAAAAUGACGCCAGAGAACCUGGAGAAGGCGGUUCGCCAGAACCAGUUCUUCCCGCACACGGCCAAACCGCGAUUAGUCUACAUUUCCAACGCAACGGAGCUGGGAACGAUCUAUACGAAACGCGAACUGGAGGCGAUCAGUGCUGUGUGCAAACGGUGGAACCUGCUACUUCACAUGGACGGCGCCCGCAUCGGAGUAGCGCUGAGCGCGCCGUCGAACAACGUAACACUACGAGACCUGGUGGAUCUAAUCGACAUCUUCUGGAUCGGAGGUACCAAGAUGGGCGCGUUACUAGGGGAGGCCAUCGUGGUGCGAAACCACCUGGCCGAGGACUUUGUGUUCCACCUGAAACAGCACGGUGCCUUGAUGGCCAAGAGCCGUGUAAUGGGCGUCCAGUUUGCGGAGCUCUUCCGCGAGAACCUCUUCUUUGAACUUGCCGCCAAUGCAAACAGGACGGCUCGGUUGAUUGCGGACAAUUUCCAAGAGCUGGGCUAUCAGCUGUCAGCGAGGACGGAGACGAAUCAGGUGUUUGUGGUGCUGCCGCAGAGCUUGAUUGAACGUCUGCAAGAGCGGUACAGCUUCUAUGUCUGGGAGUAUUUGGACAAUCAGCAGGCCGUGGUGAGGAUUGUCACUUCCUGGGCGACAGAUGCAGCGGCUGUUGAUGGGUUUAAUUCAUGGGUUCGGCAAUGCAGCGUCUAAGGGGCAUGACUACUCGGCGUUUUGUGUGCAUUUCAGCGAUAGAUUUAGAUCUGGAUUUUUGCUAUGAUUAAUACUCUUGUUGCAUGACAUUCUAGAACAACUCAACAAAACAUUGAGUCAAUUGAGUCAGGAGAUGCGCGGUAAAUCGGGA